GACAUGUGAGCGGCGCGCCGGCGGCAGGUGGAAAGGCGAGCGGCAUGGAGCGCGUAAUAAGAGAGUUGGAGUCGGAAAGAGCCGCCCCAGUCGCCGGGGAAGCGGGCGGCCAGCGCGGGCUCCGGCGGCCCCCCGGCUCCGAGCGCCCGCCCUCGGCCCCGGCGCGGCCCCGACCCGGCCCCUAGCCCCCAGCCGCCGCCCGCGCCCGCCCCGGGACGCCCAGCCGGCCCCGGGUCCGAGCCAUGCGCCGCUGAGCGCCCCGAGCGCGCGCCCGCCCCGCCCCGGACCGGACCGGACCCGGGCCCCCGGCACCCCCCACCCCGCCCGCCCGGCGCCGCCCAUGGCCGAGGCCCCCGCCCGCCGCCUCGGCCGGGCCCCCCCGCCCGGGGACGCCCCCCGCGCCGAGCUGGUGGCGCUCACGGCCGUGCGGAGCGAGCGCGGCGAGGCGGGCGGGGGCGGCUCCCCGCGCCGCCUGGGCCUCCUGGGCAGCCCCCUGCCGCCGGGCGCACCCCUCCCGGGGCCGGGGCCAGGGCCGGGGCCGGGCUCCGCCUGCGGCCAGCGCUCCUCGGCCGCGCACAAGCGCUACCGCCGCCUGCAGAACUGGGUCUACAACGUGCUGGAGCGACCCCGCGGCUGGGCCUUCGUCUACCACGUCUUCAUAUUUUUGCUCGUCUUCAGCUGCCUGGUGCUGUCUGUGCUGUCUACUAUCCAGGAGCACCAGGAACUUGCCAACGAGUGUCUCCUCAUCUUGGAAUUCGUGAUGAUCGUGGUGUUUGGCCUGGAGUACAUUGUCCGUGUCUGGUCCGCUGGAUGCUGCUGCCGUUACCGAGGAUGGCAGGGCCGCUUCCGUUUUGCCAGAAAACCCUUCUGUAUCAUCGACUUCAUCGUGUUCGUGGCCUCGGUGGCCGUCAUCGCCGCGGGUACGCAGGGCAACAUCUUUGCCACGUCUGCGCUGCGCAGCAUGCGCUUCCUGCAGAUCCUGCGCAUGGUGCGCAUGGACCGCCGCGGCGGCACCUGGAAGCUGCUGGGUUCGGUGGUCUACGCUCACAGCAAGGAGCUGAUCACCGCCUGGUACAUCGGGUUCCUGGUGCUCAUCUUUGCCUCCUUCCUGGUCUAUCUGGCUGAAAAGGACGCCAACUCCGACUUCUCCUCCUACGCCGACUCACUCUGGUGGGGGACGAUUACGCUGACGACCAUCGGCUAUGGUGACAAGACGCCACACACCUGGCUGGGCAGGGUCCUGGCUGCUGGCUUUGCCUUACUGGGCAUCUCCUUCUUUGCCUUGCCUGCUGGCAUCCUUGGCUCUGGCUUUGCCCUGAAGGUGCAGGAGCAGCACCGGCAGAAACAUUUCGAGAAGCGGAGGAUGCCAGCAGCCAACCUUAUCCAGGCCGCGUGGCGCCUGUACUCCACCGACACGAGCCGGGCCUACCUGACGGCCACCUGGUACUACUAUGACAGCAUCCUCCCGUCCUUCAGAGAGCUGGCCCUCUUGUUUGAGCACGUGCAACGGGCCCGCAACGGGGGCCUGCGGCCCCUGGAGGUGCGGCGGGCGCCGGUACCUGAUGGAGCGCCCUCCCGUUACCCGCCCGUUGCCACCUGCCAUCGGCCGGGCAGCGCCUCCUUCUGCCCUGGGGAAAGCAGCCGGAUGGGCAUCAAAGACCGCAUUCGCAUGGGCAGCUCCCAGCGGCGGACGGGCCCCUCCAAGCAGCACCUGGCACCUCCGCCGAUGCCCGCUUCCCCGAGCAGCGAGCAGGUGGGGGAGGCCAGCAGCCCCACCAAGGUGCAGAAGAGCUGGAGCUUCAACGACCGCACCCGCUUCCGGGCCUCUCUGAGACUCAAACCCCGCACCUCCGCUGAGGAGGGCCCCUCAGAGGAAGCGGCGGAGGAGAAGAGCUACCAGAGUGAGCUCACGGUGGACGAGGUUAUGCCUGCUGUGAAGACGGUCAUCCGCUCCGUCAGGAUCCUCAAGUUCCUGGUGGCCAAAAGGAAAUUCAAGGAGACGCUGCGACCUUACGACGUGAAGGACGUCAUUGAGCAGUACUCAGCAGGGCACCUGGACAUGCUGGGCCGGAUCAAGAGCCUGCAGGCUCGGGUGGACCAGAUUGUGGGCCGGGGUCCCGGGGACCGGAAGGCCAGGGAGAAGAGCGACAAAGGGCCCUCCGACAUGGAGGCGGUGGAUGAAAUCAGUAUGAUGGGACGCGUGGUCAAGGUGGAGAAGCAGGUGCAGUCCAUCGAGCACAAGCUGGACCUGCUGCUGGGCUUCUACUCGCGCUGCCUGCGCCCUGGCACUUCGGCCAGCCUGGGCGCCGUGCAAGUGCCGCUCUUCGACCCGGACACCACCUCCGACUACCACAGCCCCGUGGACCACGAGGACCUCUCCGUCUCCGCACAGACGCUCAGCAUCUCCCGCUCCGUCAGCACCAACAUGGACUGAGGCGCUUCUCGGGGGCGGGGAAGCACACGGCCAGCCCCGGGGCCUGCCGCUCGGACCCGCCCUCUGAGGCCUCUGGACUCCUCUCUUACUUGAACUCGCUCCCUCGUGGGAGAGAGGCCACACGCAGUGUUGAGCUGCCUGGGUGGGCGAGAUCCCCUAUGUGGGUGCCAGCGACCCACCCCACCUCAGGAGCCUGAGAUGCCAGGCCGCACGGAGGGCAGCAGCGGCGCUGUCCCGCGGCCUCUAGGCCCCGCAGUGCCCCGCCUGUUCCAUCAAGGCCUGACAUGGCCUGCCUGGCAGGGGCACUACCCCGGGAGUGGGAGCAAGGCGCUGGGGCCCUGGGCCCUGACCCCGCUUCCAGCUAUGCAAGGUGAGGUCUUUGGCCCGCCCUUCACCCUUCGGACAGAGCAGGGAAGCCCUCCCGCCAAGUCCCUGCCCCUCUUGGGGGCGGGCCCAAGGUGCCCACACAGGUACCCACAAGCACAGGACCCUGCCCCAAGGCAGGUGGGCACCAUAUAUGCAAACUAUGUUAAAUAUGCAACUUUGGGGACCCCCAUGGGGUCUCUCUGCCCCUCUCCCGCUGGGAGAAGGGGCCCCAGCAGUAGCUGGUCUCAGGCUGCUUGGCCAUGACCCCAUCCGCGUUCUUUGGCUUAUCACCCCCUCCCCUUCCAGCAUGGGGCCUGCGUCCCCCUCGCCUCCCCAGGGGCAGUGCCUGGGCCUUUCUUCCCAUUCGCAGGUGUCCUCUCCCAGGGGCUCCCUCUUCCUGGCAGAGGUUCCCCCUCCUCUGACCCUAGACACCCCGGCAGCACAGGUCUCUGUACUCUCCCACCCCACGGACCAUGUCCCCCCGGUCACACAAACAUGUCCCUCCAGGCAUGCAGGAAGUCCCUCACACUCACACGGACACACACAAUCACUCACACUUGGAGACUUGAGCACAGAGCCCCUCAGCCUCUCCUGGGCCUUGGCCGCUGAUGCCAGUGGACUGGCCUUGCAGGGCGAGGUCAGCUACGAGGAGCCCCCCACACCAUCCGGGUAGGAGAGGGAGCUCGGAUGGGACCCCAGGUGUCUCCAGGCCCCAGCCCAGAACUUUACCAGCUCUCCUUUCUCGAGAAGAUCGACUCCUCCCGGGUCCAGGAGCCCUAACUGCUGCCUCUGCCUGCCCCUGAGGGCCCUGCUGGGCGUCCCCACAGCACAACUCAGGCCUAGGCCUCUGGGGCCUGGACAACACUGGAAAGACCGCAGACCCUUCCCCAGAGUGGUUGGCGGGCCUGCUUCUCUCCAGGCUUGCCCUCUCCCCAGUCACUCCAACUAACAACCAGAGAGAAUCAUAAUGCACCCCGCAAGUCCCGCUUGUCAGGCACCACCUGCGCGCAUGGCGCUCACAUGCACUCUUUCCCUCCUCCCACACCCCGCUCUGCACUUCAGUUGGCGGCCCCCUGACCACAGAAGCCCCCGUCCACUCCAGGCCCCCAGCACCUCUUCGGCCUCCCUACGCCUCUGUCGCUCUUCUGCAAAGCCAAGGCAGGUGGCCGGAGGGGGAUGGGUAGUGGACCAAGGGCCACCCUUUGUGGGGUGCCAGGGAAUAAGGGACUCAGGCCCAGCUGCCUGCAUCUCAUGAUUGGGGACCUGCAUGCACCCGUGCCAGGGCUGGGGUUGGAUCUUGCUCAGCCCCACGGUGCCCAGCCUCUGCCUCCACAUGCCCUCUGCAUGUGACCAUCAUGCCCUGGAUGGAGCCUGUCCUGGCUCACGUCACCUGCACCGCACUGUCCCCCGAGAGCCACGCCUCCGCCCCCGAGGGACAGAGCUGUGGAGAGGGCGGGGAUGGGAUCAUCCUGUGACCAAAGGACCCUUGGCAGAAGCCCUCCCCCUUCUAGGACCCAGGCUUCCCACCCGGUUCUCGGAUAUGCAAGUACCUCACUUUGUUAACUUAUUAACUUAUUGAUUUCAUUAAAGUUUUCAGUAGGA